AUGUUCGUCGAGGUUGCUGGCUCUGCCGCCAGGCGGAGCGAGCGGGCGAGACGUAUAGGAGGAGCCAUUAAGCGGGUGGAUGAUGAAACGCGGCGUCAAGUUGCUGAGUCUCGGCUACUGGCACUGGAGCGUGACCAGGCCUCGGGGGCAGUGGACACGUACGACGCUGCUGACGACAUUGGAGACCCGAGUGAUGACAGCGAUGUGCCACAAUCCGGACGAGGUUCCCAGGGUGCCUAUUGA